GUCAUAUGAGGAUGAGGUCUCUUCUGAACCCAAGAGAACUUCAUUGGGGGGAGGGGGCACUGGUGGCCUCUCCCAUACCUAACUCUUCUCUCCCUUUGCUCCCUCAGGCGAAGUCUUGAUCACCAUGUUUGCCAGGAGGAACAGCUCAGAAGUGACUGAGUUUAUCCUUGUAGGGUUUUCGGGCUCCCUAGGGCUCCACCUAAGCCUUCUAGGACUGUUUCUGCUGGCCUACAUGCUGACUGUCACAGAGAACUUAGUCAUCAUCACAGUCAUUCGCGCCAGCCCCUCGCUGCACAAGCCUAUGUACCUCUUUCUCAGCAACCUGUCCUUCCUGGAGAUAUGGUACAUCUCUGUCACCGUGCCCAAGAUGCUGCUCAGCCUGGUCUCGCCCAAGUUCCAGCACAUCUCCUUCACAGGCUGCAUGGCCCAACUCUACUUCUUCCUGGCCCUGGCCUGCACUGAGUGCUCGCUCUUGGGUGUCAUGGCCUACGACCGUUAUGUGGCGGUCUGCAACCCCCUUCGCUACCCAGUCAUCAUGAGCCCUGGUCUCUGCAGCCUCCUGGCUGGAGGCUCCUGGUUGUCUGGCUUCACCAUUUCCCUGGGGAAGGUCUUCUUCAUUUCUCGUCUAGGCUACUGUGGCCCCAACAUCAUGAACCACUUCUUCUGCGAUGUGUCCCCGCUACUCAACCUGGCCUGUUCUGACAUGUCAGUCGCAGAGCUUGUGGACUUCCUCCUGGCGCUGCUCAUCUUGUUGGGCCCAUUGCUGUUAACUGUCUUCUCCUACACGGCCAUCCUCAGCACCGUGCUCCGCAUGCCCUCCGCUGGUGGCAGGCAGAAAGCCUUCUCCACCUGUGCCUCGCACCUGGCCGUGGUGGUCAUCUUCUAUUCAGCCUCUCUCUUCAUCUACGCCCGGCCCCGUGCCAUCUACUCCUUCGACUACAACAAGCUUGUGUCCGUUGUCUACACAGUGCUCACACCCCUAAUUAACCCCAUCAUCUACUGCCUUCGGAACCAGGAGGUCAAGCAGGCACUGCAUAAGGUACUGCAGCGAGCAGCCCAGGUUCUAGGAGCUUCCUCCUAGAAGGAACCCUGCUUGUCCAACCCUGAACCUGCUUACUGUUUCAUCAGGUCAGAGUUGGAUAAACAGAAUGGUA